CGCUCGCUGCUCGCCGCGCUCUUCUUCUUCUCGCUCUCGUCCUCGCUGCUCUACUUCGUCUAUGUGGCGCCCGGCAUAGUGAACACCUACCUCUUCAUGAUGCAAGCUCAAGGCAUUCUGAUCCGGGACAACAUGAGGACAAUAGGUGCUCAGGUUUAUGAGCAGGUGGUUCGGAGCGCUUAUGCCAAGAGGAAUAGCAGCGUAAAUGACUCAGAUUAUCCUCUUGACUUGAACCACAGUGAGACCUUCCUACAAACCACCACUUUUCUUCCUGAAGACUUCACCUACUUUGCAAACCAUACCUGUCCCGAAAGGCUCCCUUCCAUGAAGGGCCCAAUAGACAUAAACAUGAGUGAAAUUGGAAUGGAUACCAUUCAUGAACUCUUCUCCAAAGACCCAGCCAUCAAGCUCGGAGGUCACUGGUCGCCUUCCGAUUGCGUGCCCCGAUGGAAGGUGGCGAUCCUCAUCCCCUUCCGGAACCGCCACGAGCACCUCCCGGUCCUGCUCAGACACCUGGUUCCCAUGCUGCAGCGCCAGCGCCUGCGGUUCGCAUUUUAUGUCAUUGAGCAAGUUGGCACCCAACCCUUUAAUCGAGCCAUGCUUUUCAAUGUCGGUUUUCAAGAAGCAAUGAAGGACUUGGACUGGGACUGUCUUAUUUUUCAUGAUGUGGAUCACAUACCUGAAAGUGAUCGUAACUACUAUGGAUGUGGACAGAUGCCAAGGCAUUUUGCAACUAAAUUGGAUAAGUAUAUGUAUCUGCUUCCUUAUACUGAGUUCUUCGGCGGAGUGAGUGGCUUAACAGUGGAACAAUUUCGGAAAAUCAAUGGCUUCCCUAAUGCUUUCUGGGGUUGGGGUGGAGAGGACGACGACCUGUGGAACAGAGUACAGAAUGCAGGCUAUUCUGUGAGCCGGCCGGAAGGUGACACAGGGAAGUACAAGUCCAUUCCUCAUCACCAUCGAGGAGAAGUCCAGUUUCUGGGAAGGUACGCUCUGCUGAGGAGGUCCAAAGAGCGGCAAGGGCUGGACGGCCUCAACAACUUGAACUACUUUGCAAACAUCACAUAUGACGCCUUGUAUAAAAACAUUACUGUCAACUUGACCCCUGAGCUGGCUCAGGUGACCGAGUACUAAGAUGAGGAGGGAAUGUGUGUUGCUUUACCCACCACCACCAAGAAAGCAGCCUGGUGUGUGGAGAUGUCCUGGGGCUCCGCACGGGAUGGGAGUUAGAAGAACGGUGUCUAAUGAAGGAUCACAGGGUUCAGGAAAACUGUGAACAGAGCACACGCACAGAACCUUCCUGUUUGGACUCGCUGGGAUCGAGGGCGUCCGCUCGGGAACUCCUUUCAUCAGGACUGCUUUCUAUUUUCACAAGACAGACGUCUGUCCUGCUGCUCUUCUUCCCGUCUCCUCCCCAACGUCCCAUCUUAGCCACAAUCUCCAGAACCGGAACUGUGAUCCGCCGUGGACCUGCCCCAGAGCCUGUCCUACGAAUGGCCUUUGGAGCUUCUUGGCCUUCAGAGCAAAGAGGCGGACAAACGCACCCCAGGGCAGCUGUGUCUUAGGAAGAGCAAAUGAGACUCCACACACCACCAUCUCUGGUGUUCUCUUCGGUUUCAUUUUUUUUAAAUUACCUGCUUUGGGUGGGGAUUGAGGGUAGAGGGGAGGGAUUGGGGAAGACAAAUAGACAUGUAACAAUCACUUCUUGAAGAAGUAUAAUUGUAAAUAAGCCAUGUAAAAUGCCUUUUUUAAAUUUAAUUUUAUAGCUGGCUUCGAUUCAAACUGAGGAUUUAUCUUAUUAGAUCAUUAUUUGGUUGGCAACUGCAGGAACUCCGUUAAAAUGCUGUGGAAGAAUAUAUCUCCCAAAUUGCUGUCACUUUGGAAGGGAGUGGAUUUAGGGCGCGUCACAAAAGAACAAAACAGUCCAGGCUUUGUCACUGGCACCUACUUCUGCCCCCUUCUCCCAAGGUCUUGCUCUUGACUUUUGCUCUGGAUUCCCUCCCCUGUUGGGCACGGACAUGCUCUUCCCAAUCUUUUGCUGAACAGGAGGUUGCUGUUUUACAGCAGGCGCUCCCGUUCGGGGCGGGGGGGAGGGGAGGGCUCCCCGGGCACACGCCCACCCACGGGUCCCUGCACUUUGUUUCGUUCUUUCAUCAUCAUCAAGAGAGAAGAUGAGUGGUGUCUCCCCUCUUCCCCCCCCCGCCCACCUCUCCCUUAAAUUUUUUUCCCUCUUGAGGAACAUGACCACAAUUUCUAAAAUCUGUGCCUAAAUUACCAACUAGCGACCAACUAGUGAUCCCUCUGAAUAUUUCCUUUACUGAUUUCUGGAAAGAUUCUUUGUCAACAUUAUUAACUAGUACAUAGAGCUAGCGAGCAAUCGAAUGAUGAAGAACUCAUCUGGGAGCAAGUGACACUUAUGUGUCGUGGGUCAGCUGGGAUCCAGGUUAGACCAAAUCAGAGCUUUAAAUUGGACUAGCAAAGCCAGGGUGCAGGAGCCACAUGGGCUGUUCACACCCCAUGUGCUUUGAAAGUCAGAUUCUAAAUUGCAUUUGAAUUUGUGCCUCUCUGUUUUUGCCCUGAGCCAACUCCCUCAAUUCACAGUCCCCAUUGACUUCUGCAGAAUUUUGAAAAAUGCCAGUUUUCCCCCUCCCUUUCCAUAAAACAUAUUUAUAAAUCAUGAUUGGGAGUACUUUCUGAAGAGUACUUCAUAUUUUUUUUAAUUGCCUUGUUUGCCUUCAACUUCCUUAAUUUCAUGGUUUACAUGGAUGUGUGUGUAGGGGUAUAUUUGUAUACACGUGUGGGUUGGGGUUUUCUCCAUUGCAUGUGUUGGUUCCAUGGACGUAUGAUCCCCACAAGCUGUGGGAGUGAUUGGCCAGGCCUUGUUUUUGUUAAUGUUUUUGUUCUUUUGAAGAAUAGAGUAUUUAGAAAAUCAGUUGCUCUUAUCGGCUCGUAUGAGAGAGCAGGCUGCUGCCCUUGAAAAUGCUGGUAAGUUGUAUCAUAUGUUUUAAAAGAAUUUGAGAAUUUCAUGCUUUAAAAGACCUUCACGAGGGAACAUUACACACAGUUCAUUUGGUUUUCCUUUGAUGUAUGGUGCAUAUAGCAAUAAAGACUACUUUCCCUCUCACCCCUCACUCCCCUUCCCCCCCACCCCGAGACCUCUGUGCUGGCCUUGGCUUCUCACCCUUCCUGUUCCCCUUCCCUCCUCCGUCACUGAAGGCCGAGCUGCUCUCAGUGUGACAAAACUAGGAUGCUGUUCGGCAGAACUGGCCAGGACAGACUGCCGGGUCGCUGGCGGUGUUCUAAAGUGAUCUUCUUUGAAGCUUUUUUAAUUAAUGUCGUUAAAGCCAGGAACCAAAUGUUGGCAAAAGGCUGACACCUGACUUUAAAAAGAAAAUGCUGGAUUGAGGACAAAAAGGAAAGGUCUCAUGAAGUGGGGUCACUUAAAUUAUCUUGCAAUCACGUGUAAGUUUGUAUUAUUAGUGUGAACUCUUAUUGUGUGCUGUUAGUCAUUUAUCCACCGCGUUGAGUCCUGUGUGGGAAACUGAAAUGUUAAACACACACAGCUAGGCCUGAGUGCUGUUAAUGGUGUGAAAUUCUCAUGUCAAAAAAGAAAAGGAACAAUAAGAACCAAAUGUGACCUUGUGCAUAUUUUGGCAGCUGAAAUUAGUUAAGGCUACUGAUGGGUGACCCCUUACAUCAUUCUUGUCUUUGAUUAUUGAGUACAGGGAAAGGUUUUCCUUUCACACUCUGGUUUGUUUUUUUUUGGGGGGGGGGGGGGGGGGGUUACUUGCAAAAAUAUUCAUUUUGACAUUACAGGGACUCUAGUAAGAGCUCCUCAAUCGCAGACAUUAAUAGCUGAGCAACAGCCACAUGUAUUGAUUGUAUCCACUCACCAUUGACGAUGACAUUGAACGUAGCUAGCUUAUUUCCAUCACUACGUUUUUUUGAGCUUGCUCUUAUGUUUUAAGAGGUGCCAGGGGUACAUUUUUGCACUGAAAUCUAAAGAUGUUUUAAAAAACACUUUUCACAAAGAUAGUCCUUCGUCAUUACAUUAUUUACUCAUGUGUUUGUACAUUUUUGUAUGUUAAUUUAUGAAUGAUUUUUUCAGUAAAAAAUACAUAUUCAAGAACCAAA